ACUGCUGUUUUUGUGUACCACCGAGAGAGGUUAUUUAUUUACUCUUUCGUAGCAAAAAUUUUCCCUUUUCCGCUACGAAACGGUGGGAAAAAAGCAGUCCCCCAUCCGUGUGCGUGUGCGUGUGCGUGCGUUCGUGUGUGCGGUUCGUGUCCAGUUUUCCCCGGGUUUUCCUCCCAUUGAUUGUUGUCCCCCUAUUGGGCCACUGCUUGCAGCAGGAUCAAAGUGUAAAAUCCGGUGCCGUGCUGGUUGUUGGUGGUAUACGCAGUACGCAUUAGAAGCAGUACAGAAGGGUCCCCAGGUAGGCAGGCAGGCAGUGGUGGUGAGGGUGCAGCCAACAUGUCCGAUACACCGAUUAUUGAUCUCGGCAACGAUUCCGAGUCGGAGGAUGUGAUUAUGAUCGAGGAUCAGCCGGAAACGAGCGCACCGAAGGAGGCGGGCACACCGUCAACGAUGGACACCAGCGAGACGGUGGAGGUCGCCUCCGAGCAGGAUUCGGAUGAGGUCGAAUUCGUGCCGGUCGAUGUUAACAUGCUGGCAGAGGAGAAGAAAAACUCCGGAAACGAUGAGUACAAGCUGAAACGGUACGAGGCGGCACUGCAUCUCUACUCGGAAGCGAUUCACCUGAGCCCGGGUACGGCCGCCUACUAUGGCAACCGUUCCGCCUGCUACAUGAUGCUCGGCGACUAUCGGUCCGCCCUGAACGAUGUGAAGACGGCCAUCACGAUCGACGAGAAGUACGAGAAGGGAUACGUCCGUAUGGCCAAAUGUUCCCUAAUGCUCGGCGAUGUCAUCGGUACGGAGCAAGCGAUUCGCAAGUUUCUCACGCUGGACCCCUCGAACACGGCACUGCGGGAGGAGAUUGCCAGCCUGAAGCAGCUGCGCGACCUGAACGAGAAAGCGGCUGCCUGCUACGAUAAGAAGGACUAUCGCACCUGUCUGUAUCACUGCGAUAACGCAAUCAAGAUUGCACCGGGCAGUAUACAGAACAAGCUGCUGAAGGCGGAGUGUCUCGCGAUGCUGGAACGCUUCGAGGAGGCGUGCAACAUUGCGAUCUCGAUCAUGCAGACGCACAGCACGAACGCGGACGCGAUCUACGUGCGCGGGCUGACGCUGUACUACAGCGACAACCUGGAGAAGGGGCUGCUACACUUCGAGCGUGCGCUGAUGCUCGACCCGGACCACAAGAAGGCGAAGGCGAUGAGGCAGAAAGCGAAGCAGCUGAAGGAAAAGAAGGAAUCGGGCAACGAGCUGUGGAAGUCGGGCAAGUACCGGGACGCGCUGGCAACGUACACGGAGGCGCUCGAGCUCGAUCCCCAGAACAAGGACAUCAACAGCAAGCUGUACUACAACCGGGCGCUGGUGAACUCGAAGCUCGGCAACCUGCGCGAAGCGAUUGCGGACUGUUCCAGUGCGCUGGCGCUGAACGAGAAGUACAUGAAGGCGCUGCUGCAGCGUGCCAAGCUGUACUACAACAUGGAAAACUACGAGGAAGCGGUGAAGGAUUACGAAAAGGCGCUCAAGUCGGACCGUUCGCCGGAGGUGAAGAAUUUGCUGCGCGACGCCAAGUUCCAGCUGAAGAAGUCGAAGCGCAAGGACUACUACAAAAUACUGGGCGUCACGAAGCAGGCGUCCGAGGAUGAGAUUAAGAAGGCGUACCGCAAGCGGGCGCUCGUGCACCAUCCCGACCGGCACGCGAACGCGACGGACGAGGAGAAGAAGGAGCAGGAGCGCAAGUUUAAGGAGCUGGGCGAAGCGUACACGAUACUGUCGGAUCCGGUGAAGAAAUCGCGCUACGACAGUGGCCAGGAUCUGGAGGAGAUGAACCACAGCGCUGACAUCGAUCCGCAGCAAAUCUAUCGACAGUUCUUCUUCCCGUCCGACUACGGGUUCGGCGGCUUCCAGGGCGGUGGCGGUGGCAACAGUUCCAACUUUUCGUUCCAUUUCGGUUAAUUACAUACCGUGUGACGCUGCUGCUGCUGCUUGCUAGCUCUCGUGCGCAUGAUUUAUGUGAAAGAAGGUGAGGUGUGUGAGUGCAGCAGAUACUUAGAUGUUUAAGCGCAUAUUGUAAUCAACCGUGAAGAAACGACACAAGUACUACUACCCCAUACUGUCUGUGGUCUGUGCCCCUUCCCCAUCUCACCCCGUCCGUAUUCCGUUGUAAGGUAUGCGGAACGCACAAGGCAGAGAAGGACAAGGACGCGUGCCGCUGUUUGGCGUAGCGUUUGUGUUUUGCGACACUUUUGCUUGCACAGGGGUGUACUCUUUAGAAUGGAGGGCAAAAAAGAGAGAAAGAGAAAGAGAGCGAACGGUGGUGAGUGAGCACACUUCCUUCUUCGUUAAGGUAAAAAAACACAUAGCAAAACAAAACAAAAAAAAAACAAGGUAGUAAAGUAUAUGACCGUGGGAGAUCCGUAUCUAACUCAAACUACUGUAAUUAGCUCGUACUCGUCCUCUGCGCAAAGUGCGUGGAUGACCUUUUUUUUAAAUCACUUUUGUUACUCUGUUUGUGAAUUCCUUUGCCCCGAUCAUCACUUUUGUACUACAGUAAUGCAACCAACAAUAAGUGAAUGUAACAACAGUACCCGUAACACGCUAUAAAAUCGUUGUAGUUGUUUGCUACCCCUGCAUUGCUACGGUUUGUUGCCUCUGAACAAACUUGUAGUGCUGCACUGCUUUCGGUGAAUGUAACUAUGAACUUAAUUUAUGAAAACGCAAUGAAUGAGCGUAAAAAGUGGUGAAUUUUCAAUUUUUUUUAAAUUUUGAGAUCAAGUAUGAACGUUGUUACAUUCUACUCGCUUUCUCUUUAACCCGCUACCCGGUACGUAGUUGGGGUUUUUGAAGGUCCGUUUAGAGAAACUGUGUGAACAAUUUUCCACUCUGUUGAUAUUAGAAAUACGGCUAGCCAUUUACCACACAUUUUUACAAUACGCCGUCCCCGAUAGUGAGGUCUUACGUGACUGCAGCAGAACUUGCUCCUUUUCUCUUUUUUGGAUUCGGAUCAAUUUACUGAAAUGCUUUUUAAACAAAAAUUGUGUCCCGAAAAGCAACUACUUCGUUCUAACUAAGUUCGUAUAAACAGUAACAAUACAUAAAACAGAAACAAUGAUGAUACAAUGUAAUCCGAUGUUAGGGGAAGCAACAGAACUAACGCAUACACAGAAUUACAGGUGAAAUUAAACGUUAAAAAGAACACAA